AUUUGAUUAAUCUCCCUUGCUAGUUGCUAGGGUUUUAUACUCAUAAAUCAUAGGACAUACUCGCCUCUUGCUUCGUCUCUUACCGCACACUGAGCCAAAACAAUGGAGGCCUCAUCGUCUCCAUCCUCAACAGCUCCAUGUUGGAGCAACAUAGUAAAGACUCAGCAGCCACCGCAAAACAAGGAAAUUUCAAACACAACAAAUCAAAUAUUGGUUGAGAGCUGCAAGUCUAUGAAGGGCAUAUCAAUGGCAGUUAUUGAUGCUAACGCCGUUAUCCAGGGCGGUGAAAAACUCCAUGAUUUGGCCGACAAGUUCGUUACUGUUCCCGAAGUUCUCGCUGAGAUUCGUGACCCCGUUUCGCGCCACCGUCUCUCCUUCAUUCCCUUUUCUAUCGACUCCAUAGAGCCCACACCUGAAGCUCUCAAUAAAGUUAUCAAAUUUGCAAGAGCAACUGGUGAUUUGCAGACUCUGUCAGAUGUUGACCUUAAACUUAUUGCCUUAACUUACACAUUAGAGGCACAGAUUCAUGGAACUAAACGUGUUAGGGAUGCUCCUCCUCCUAUACAUACAGUUAAUGUGAAGAGGCUUCCUGAGAAGGACUUGCCUGGAUGGGGUAAUAAUGUGCCUAAUUUGGAGGAGUGGGAAGCGUUGGAACAUGAAGGUGGGGAUGGAUCAAAUACUCAUUCGCGGAUCCUUCCCUUGAAAGAGAUGAGCUUGAAUGUUGUCCCUGGAGAUAAUCAAUCUGAAAACGGGUCAACGGUUGCUGGAAGUGAAGCACAUUCUGAGAACCAUGAGAAUGUUGAGAACGGUUUAAGGAACUAUAGGAGAUAUCCACCAAAAAAAAGUGAGAUAAGCAUUGAAGGGAAGAUGGUAGCAGAUGGCAUCGAUGCAUCUCAAGGGGAAUUGGAUGAUAAUGCUGGUGAUUGGAGACCCGCUGUCAGUCGAAGUACUCAUAGAAGAUAUCUUAGAAGGAAAGCUAGGCGUGAAUAUUAUGGGGCGUUAUCUGAAAAAGAUAGUCAGCAAGAUCUGGAGAACAAUAUGGAUAACAACAAUAUUAAUGAAACUAAUAUCCCAGGUUCACUUUUGCAUCAAAAUUCUGGAACAGUAGAUGCUGGAAAUGGUAUUUCUGAGGAGAGCAAGGUAAAGAAUGAUAAUGAAGAUCUCACAUCAAUCCUACAACAAAUGAGACUAGAAGAAGAUUCACUGGAGGCUCAUCAAGAAGGGGAAGAAGAGAACAACACUUCUGCAGGGCUUGAGAUUACUGAUUCUGAGGUGAUGGAACCUUCUUCUGACAACAAUGCAAGUAAUGUUCUUGAAGCUUCAGAAGAUGAUAUUGAUAAUGCAGAAUUAGAUGACCAAGGGAACUUAACCCAGACCAAUGAAACUGUCGAUGCAUCACAUGCAGAUGAUGAUUCUAGUGAGCAGAGCUGGAUUCUUAGAUCCUUAUCAGAGUCUAGUGUAGCUUGUGUAACUAGUGAUUUUGCAAUGCAGAAUGUACUUGUGCAAAUGGGAUUACGACUGCUGGCACCGGGAGGAAUGCAAAUCCGCCAGCUGCACAGGUGGAUAUUGAAAUGCCAUGCAUGCUAUACUGUUACUGCUGAAAUUGGAAGAAUUUUCUGUCCGAAGUGUGGAAAUGGUGGUACGUUACGAAAGGUAGCUGUUACAGUAGGUGAGAAUGGGAUAGUAUUGGCAGAUCGUCGGCCACGGUUCACUCUGCGUGGAACAAAGUUUUCAUUACCUUUACCGCAAGGUGGAAGAGAUGCCAUUGCUAAAAACCUUGUUCUGCGUGAAGAUCAACUUCCACAAAAGUUCCUUUACCCCAAGACAAAGAAGAAAGUGAAUAAACAGGGAGAUGAUUUCUUUAUUCCAGACAAUGUCUUCAGCCACCAUAAUGAUAAAAAGGCCCCUUUUCAGCCUCCAAUGCGAAAAGCAUUAGCAGUUUUCAGUGGAAAGAGGAAUCCCAAUGACAAUCACUACUCGCGUCCUAAGCAUUGAUGGUAGUUUCUGUAAUUUCGUUAAUUUUUUCUUGAUUGUUUAUUAUCUCCGUCUGUUGCUUGUGAUAGCAAUUACAUUAUAGUAACUUGGGGACCUAAGCCCAUGUCUUGUAUGUAAGAUUGCUGAUCAAAUGAGCACAAUUUUGGUAUGGUUGUCUGCCGUCGUUCAUGUACUCACUUGUGAUAUGCAAAUGAAUAAUAGGGAAAUUUCUUCAAUCUGAAGAAACUCUGAGCCUUCUGCUUUC